AUGAACUUGGCAAUUCCGCCGAGGUUCAAAAGUGCCAAAAUACCUCCUUAUGACGGAAGUCAGGACCUAGACGCCCACUUAGAGGCGUUCAAGACGGAGAUGAUGUUUAAUAAGAUAACUGGACCUUUCAAGGCCAAAAUCUUUGCAAUGACCUUGAUAGGUCAGGCAAUGACUUGGAUAACCAGGCUACCCAGAAACUCAAUUGAUUCAUUUGAGGACUUGGCUCGUACUUUUCGCUUAAACUACGCCACUAGUAAAGCACAUCCUAUGUCGGCUUAUGCUCUGGGAAGAAUCCGGCAAAGAGAGAAUGAAUCAUUUCUAAAAUACCUUGAUCUCUUUAAGGAAGCCGCCCUCAAGGUACGAAAAUUAACUGAACCAGUCCAUUUGUAUUUGAUUAUUUCUGGUCUGGAUGGCGAAUCUCCACUCGCAAAAUCUAUAUACAAGAACCCGAUCAACGACCUAGAGGAGUUUCGACGGAGGUCAGAUAAGUAUAUCGACGUCGAAGACAUGCAGAGAGCCUAUGGCGAAUCUAGAGGUCGAAGCCCAAAUCGCCAGAGUCCAAGUAAGAAGAGCAAGGAUAGAUAUCUGCAAGGGUCAAAGAAGGCAUCCAACUCUCACAAUAAGAGGUCAGAUGAACGUUCCUCAAAAACUAAGUUUGGCAGUUAUGCUCCAUUUAACAUGUCCAGAUCUCGGAUAUAG